CACACAAAAAAAUCUCAAAGCCGAAGGAAAAAAGAAGUUGCAGUGCAGAUAAGGCUACCGCAGUGCCACUCGCCAGAAUCGGCCAUGGCUUUCCGCGCUCCAACUGCCGCCACUGCCCAUGGCCAUGCCACCCCGGCUCCUCGACCGAGCUCAUGGAAGCACAGCACCAUCACCUUCUUCAGCUCCUCGAGGCUAAUCGGCGGCGGCGGCGGCCAGAGGGCACGGCUCGCGACUGCAGCGCAUGCGUUAUCGUCGGCGACGGCGGCGGCGCCCUUCCCUCCUCCCAACGCGGAGUACCUGGCCGCCGAGUUCUCCGGCCACGGCGUCACCUUCGAGGCCGUGGGCGACAGCUGCGCCGUGAAGAUGGCGGUGCGCAACGGCAGCGCGGCGCACCUGCUGCUGCCCAGCGGGCUGGUCACGUCCUACAAGCCGGCCAUGUGGCACGGCGCCGCCACGGAGGUGCUCCACACCACCGUCGGCGAGGGCCCCGGCGGGCGCCCCGUCAUCCGCGGCGGCGUGUCCAUGGACUUCCGGUGUGCGCGCACCGUUGCCGUUGCCGGCGAGGCGCCGUCGUGGUGGUCGCCGGGCGGGGCGUGGUCGCUCCGCGACGUGAGGGGAGGCCCCACGGGGUCUAUCUCGGUGGAGCUGGUGUCCGUGGAGCCGCCGGGGAGCGGGGACGGGGCGGAGGCGAGGUGCGUGGUGACGCUGCAGCCGGAGGCGCUGGCGUCCGAGUACACGGUGACGAACGCCGCGUCGUCGCCGUCGGCCGUGGCGCUGUCGGGCGCCGUGUGCAACCACCUGCGCGUGAGCACGCCCGACGCCACCUACGCCGUGGGGCUCCAGGGCUCGGACUACCGCGGCAGGGAGCCAUUGCUGUCCGAGUUCAGCAUCCUCCCCCCGGACUACUACUCCACGCCGUCAUCCCCGCAGCCACGCUGGGUCAGCAAGGGGCUCGACAUGCUCCUCUCCGGCGGCGGGGGCGGGCAGAGCUCGCCGAGGGGGGCGCCGGAGCCGGACGGCGAGGAGGACGACAACUACAAGCACCUGACGGCGGAGCUGUGCCGGGUCUACCGGCACGCUCCCAGGGAGUUCACCGUCAUCGACAGGGGCCGGAGGAACUCGGUUUGCCUGAGCAGGAGAGGGUUCGAGGAGCUGUACGUGUUCAGCCCAGGAUCCAAGUACGAGUGGUACGGCAAGUUCGCCUACGUGUGCAUCGGGCCUGCCAUGCUGGAGCCCGUGGUGCUGCCGCCGGGAGCUACGUGGCAUGGGGCGCAGUGCAUCCGCAACCCAAACCUGUAGGCAUAGCUUGUCUGGAUGUAUCACAUCAUUUGUAGAUAAUACUGCAGCAAUAAUAGUAUUGCUCGUGAGCAAGAAAAUACACAUGUGAAACAAGGAGAUCAGUAGGUUUUGCA